AUGGGAUCAAUUGGCCAGGGCUCGUCACAGGAGCUUCCCCUCAGGGCGAAGCCGCAAGGUGACGUCUUUGGGAGUGCUAUAAAGAAGGACUUCCUGUUUGAUCCGGAAUGGAGGAAUCUCAACCAUGGCUCAUUUGGUACCUAUCCCGCUGCCAUUCGGACCAAGCUCCGCGAGUAUCAGGAUGCCAGCGAGGCCCGGCCUGACCUCUUCAUCCGCUACGACUACCCCAUGCUAUUGGACGAGUCGCGAGACGCCGUUGCCAAGAUUGUCAAUGCGCCUGAGAACACUCUCGUGUUCGUCCCCAACGCCACCGUCGGCGUCAACACCGUCUUCCGCAACUUGGUGUGGAACCCGGACGGCAAGGACGUCAUCGUCUGGUUCUCGACCAUCUACGAGGCUUGCGCCAAGAUUGCCGACUAUCUCGUCGACUACUACGAGGGCAACGUCACCACGAGAGAGAUCGAGCUGUCUUAUCCGCUUGAUGAUUCGGAGAUUCUGCAGAAAUUCCGUGACACUGUCAAGCAGAUCGAGGCCGAGGGCAAGCGAGCGCGCGUGUGCACCUUCGACGUCGUCUCUUCCCGGCCCGGCGUCGUCUUCCCCUGGGAGGCCAUGAUCAAAACCUGCAAGGAGCUCGGCGUCCUCAGCAUGGUCGACGGCGCGCAGGGCGUCGGCAUGGUGAAGCUGGACCUCGAGGCCGCCGACCCGGACUUCUUCACGUCCAACUGCCACAAGUGGCUCUUCGCGCCGCGAGGCUGCGCGCUCUUCUACGUGCCGAAGCGGAACCAGCACCUGAUUACCACCACGCUGGCGACCAGCCACGGCUACAUGCCCAAGACGGUUACCCGCAACGUGCCGCUGCCGCCGAGCUCCAAGACGCCGUACAUUACCAACUUCAACUUUGUCGGCACGCUGGACAACUCGCCGUACCUGUGCGUCAAGGACGCCAUCAAGUGGCGCAAGGAGGUGCUCGGCGGCGAGGACAAGGUGCUGGAGUACCUGUGGGACCUGAACAAGAAGGGCAUCGAGCUUGUGGCCUCCAAGCUGCAGACCGAGUACAUGGAGAACAGCACGGGCACGAUGCGCAACUGCGCCAUGGCCAACGUCGCGCUGCCCAUCUGGACGGGCGAGAAGGGCCCCGAGGGCAAGGAGGGAGACACGGUGGUGGCGAAGGAGGACGAGGACAAGGCGUUCCACUGGAUGCUGAACACCAUGAUCGGCGACUACAAGACGUUCCUGUCGCUGUUUGUGCACGGCAAUCGUUACUGGGCCCGCAUCAGCGCGCAGGUCUACUUGGAGUUGGUCGACUACGAGUGGGCGGCCACGAUGCUGCAAGAGAUUGUCGCAAGGGUUGCGAAGAAGGAGUAUCAGUAG